AUGGCGAACCUACAAAGCAAAACAGCCUUUAUAAUUAAGACGUUGACUGUUAUUUUCCUACUUUGUAGAAUUAAUCUAGUUUUUGGAGAGAUUCGGUAUUCUAUUCCAGAGGAAUUGGAAUAUGGUACCUUUGUUGGGAACAUCGCUGAAGAUUUAGGACUAAACGUUCGGCAACUGUCAACUCGAAAAUGUCGCCUUGUAUCUGCAGACGGAAGACAGCAUUUAGAGGUAAAUCUGGAGAAUGGCAUUUUGUUUGUUUACGAAAGAAUGGACAGGGAACAGCUGUGUGCACAAAUCCCUACAUGUAUCCUGUCUUUUCAAAUAAUAGUAGAAAAUCCUCUGGAAAUGUACCGCGGUGAAGUCGAGGUUAUUGAUAUUAAUGAUAACUCGCCCAGUUUUCCGGAGAGUGCCCUUCUUUUACAAAUAGCAGAAAAUAUUGCGCCAGGCUCACGUUUUCCGCUAGAGAGCGCGCUUGAUCCAGACGUGGGGACAAACGCAGUCACCACGUACAAACUCAGUCCGAAUGAGCACUUCAGAUUAAACGUGCAAACCAGGGAGGACAAUACUAAACUGGCAGAGUUAUUGUUAGAGAAACCCUUGGACCGAGAACAGCAGUCAACCUUUGAGCUGGUACUAGCAGCCUUUGAUGCUGGGUCCCCUCCAAGGUCUGGGACAAUGCAAAUCAACAUUAAUUUGCUCGACAUCAAUGAUAACGCGCCUGCGUUUGAGCAGGAAGUGUACAGGGCGAGCUUGGUGGAAAAUGCUCCCCCAAGUACCUUCGUGAUCAAGAUCAACGCUUUCGAUCCAGACCAAGGCACCAAUGCAGAGUUAAAAUAUUCUUUCAUUAACCUUGUCUCUCGGAGAGUGCGUGAACUGUUCAGUUUGGACCAAGAUACUGGAGAGGUCAGAGUUGAAAAGCUGUUGGAUUUUGAAGAAGCAAACAGUUACGAACUCGACGUUCAAGCCGUGGAUAAUGGCUCACCAGCAAUCGCAGGACAUUCUAAAGUAUUGAUCAAACUAAUUGAUAUGAAUGAUAACGCCCCUAAGAUAAAGUUAACUUCACUGUCCGGUAAGGUCCCAGAAGAUGCAGAGCCCGGGACAGUGGUAGCUUUGAUCGAUGUAACGGAUCGCGAUUCUGGAGCAAAUGGACGAAUUCACUGUCAGAUUCCUAAGGAAUUCCCAUUUAAACUUCUUUCUUCUUUGAAUGAUCAUUAUACACUGAUUACAAGUGGCUUGUUGGAUCGUGAAACUACCUCUGAAUAUAACAUACCUAUUUUAGCUUGGGAUUCGGGGUCUCCUCCAUUAUCAUCAAACCAAACUAUUCAGAUUUCGAUUUCUGAUGUCAAUGAUAACGCCCCCAGGUUUGCUCGGCGCACGUAUACAGAGUAUGUAAUGGAGAACAACGUCCCGGGUGCUUCAAUUUUCACGGUGACUGCGUCUGAUCCUGAUCUGGAUCAGAAUUCCUAUAUCUCUUAUUCUUUCAAACAAGUUCUUCAAGAAUCGCCAGUCUCCACCUAUCUCAAUAUUAAUUCAGUGAACGGGACCAUUUAUGCGCUGCGGUCUUUUGACUACGAGAAAGUCAAAAACUUUCAGCUCCAAGUUCAAGCGCGUGAUGCUGGAGUUCCUCCGCUGAGCAGUAGCGUAACACUCAAUGUGAUCAUCCUGGAUCAAAAUGACAACGCCCCAGUCAUUGUUUCACCCUCAGCACAGAGCGGAUCAGCAGCGGAAGUGAUCGUGCCUCAGUCAGCGGGCCAGGGUUACUUGGUUACCAAGAUUAUCGCAACUGAUGCGGAUUCUGGUCAGAACGCACGGCUCUCCUACCAGAUCGUUCGAUCAACCGAUCCUACUUUCUUCACUGUCGCGAGCAAUUCGGGGGAGAUCAGAACAACGCGGAACGUUUUAGAACAGGAUGGCAGUACACACAAUCUUGUCAUCUUGGUGAAAGAUAACGGGCAGCCCCGUCUCUCCACCACGGCAACAAUCCUCUUGUCAAUCCAGGCCAAUGUUAGUGCAAAAAUCUCGGAUACCGAUAAUUUAAUCAGUACCCCGAACUACUCCUCCAAUCUAAACCUUUAUUUGAUCGCUGCUUUCGGUUCAACUUCGCUUAUAUUUCUUGUAAUCAUUGGUUUAUUGAUUGUCCUAAAGUGCCACCAGGAGAGGGACGAUGUUCCAGACGGUUGGUCCCCGGUUUGUUGCUGCAGCCGAAAGAAUGCGAAGGAAACCUUUAGUCGGGCUUCUAUGCCAACAAACCCUUUAAACUACAGCGGAACUGGACAAAGCAUUCCUUUCCCUGAAACCUACCAUUACACGGUUUGCUUGUCUCCAGAAUCAUCAAAGAGCGAUUUUUUGUUCCUGAAGCCCUGCAAUCCACACAUGCCUCAAGGGCAAUGCUAA